AGUCGACAAGAUCGUUAGACACCAGCAGCACCAGCAUCAGUGGGAAAAAGCUUGCGUAUACAAAUCUGAAAACGAGCCGCAUGAAAAAAGAGAAAGUUUUGUUUCUUCAAUCUUAACCGCAUUGUUGAUAAAUAAAUAAAAAAUCGUGCUUAAGUUUUCAAAAUUUUAAAAUCUAUUCAAACCCGGUCGUGUUGAAUUGCAGAAUAUGCAAACCAAAUUUCAAGGCUUAUUUUCCUUCAAUAUUCAAAAUUCUCAGUGAAUAUUUACCAAAUAAGUAAAUCAGCUUUCACUCACUCAAACUUGGACAACUUUCCAAAGUCAAUAAAUAACUAUCGAUCCAAUCCAAUCCACCCAGAGAAAUGUGAGCGUAUCAAAAAUUACGCCGUCAACAAACUGAAAAACAAAUCUCAAUCAAUAGUAAAAUUUAGUGUGCAGUGCAGCCGGAGAAAGUCAUCGUGAAAUGUGGACUUUGCCAAAAAAUGAUUUAUUUCAUUCUCCUCUUCAACUGUGAGUAAUGACAAGUCAAAAACCAAAUCUCCGGUCGUGGAAAUCAUAUUUUUAGUCAGUAUUCACGUUUAUACAAAUUGUUUACAAAUGUGCAUACGGUUCCUUCUCCACUUUAUUUAUUUACUUGUCAUCAUGUGGAGGAGAUAAACGUGUGAAAAAUAUUGUUUCUUCACAGUGACAAGAGAAGUUUUGCGUUUUAUUGAAUUACAUACAUUCUUCUAGUCAAUGUCAUUCCAAAUUUUUAAAGACAUUUCUCCAUACUAACUUUCACUUUGUACUUUCACUUUCUACUCUCUACUUUUUGACACGGUACGAAACCAAGCAAGUUGUGUGAAGUGUGAGACAAAUUAGGAACUUGUUCGCGUUUCCUGUAUCUCUCUCUCUCUCUAACCAAGCACCAGCCCCACUCGAAGAGUGAGUCGUCACUUGGAAAAGUGUCAACUGGAAAUUUUUAGUGACACUCGAGUACUCGAGUGAAUUACGUGAUUGUGCCCGAAAUAAUAUCACUUCUCUCACGCAAAUUGAGUGUGGUGCGUGAAGCAAGAUGACGAAAAAGGAAUGACACAAAGGAAAAUGUGUGAAUAUUUUUCCUCUCACUAAAACCCUGGACCAAGGAUUGCGACGAGGAUUCGAGAAGGAGAGAAAAAAAAACCUCUGGAAAUCCGGAAGUGAAUUCUAAAUAAUCCAUGGAAUUGUUACUGCAACAAAAUCCGACUGCUUCUCACUAAAAAUAUCCAGUAAAACAAGUUCACUUUCAUCUUCUCACCUGCUGCUCAUUCUUCCUUCCCUAACGGAUUAAGAAUUCAGCAGGAGAGAAAAAAAGUUACCUGGCGAGUCUUGACCUUUGAGGAGAAUCGCUUUUUUCACCUCUCCUGCUCCGAAAACUAAUAAGAAACAAUGUGAACUGAGAUUGGUGAACCGAAAUUGCUUAUCAACGACUUAUCUCUCUCCAUUUAUAAGUAUUUUUGUGUGUGAAAAAGUGCAUCAAAUUUAUCCUUGAUCAUGCUCCAAUCCACCCUGGAACUCGUGUCCGUCGUCAUUGUGUGCCUCAUAUCGCAGCCCCACCUGCUCUGGUCGAGUGAAUCGUCGCCCAACCCAAAGUCCAAGCAGGUGUGGAGCACGAGGGUGGUGAAUACCAAAUUUGGGGCGGCGAGGGGCCUCCUCUUCCAGCCGAAGGGGGGGUACGAAGGGGUCGAGGUGUUUUACGGGUUGCCCUUCGCGUCCGCGCCGAUCGGGUCGUUGCGCCUGAUGCCGCCGGUGAGCGGGUCGCCCUGGUCGGGCACGAAGAUGAACACGGAACCCGCGCCGGUGUGUCCGCAAGUGUUGCCGAAUAUUGACAAUGAAACGGACGCUUUGAAAGUGAUGCCGAAGGGGAGGCUUGCCCAGCUCAAGAGACUUUUACCCUUGUUACAAAAUCAGAGUGAAGACUGUCUCUACCUUAACGUCUACGUGCCACUUACAGCUGCCAACGGGAAGAAUAGUGGUCCACUUGCUGUGAUGGUGUUCGUCCACGGGGAAGAUUACGGCUGGGGUGCCGGUCACCCGUAUGAUCCCUCCUUGCUUGCCAGCCAAGGCAAUAUCAUCGUCGUCACUGUGACCUUCCGCGUGGGAAUCUUAGGAUUCCUCAACGCCAAUUCGGACGGUUACUUUAAGUCCCCCGCCAACUUCGCCCUGCUUGACGUGAUUGCUGCCCUUCACUGGACGCAGGAAAAUAUCGGCUCGUUCGGCGGAGACCGGAGCAACGUGACCUUAAUGGGUCACGGCCGCGGUGGGAUUUUUGUCAACUUCUUGAUGAUAUCUACCACCGUGCCGACGGGCUUACUGUUCCACCGCGUGAUCCUGAUGUCGGGGUCGGCCGUGUCCCCGUUAGCGUCUGGACUAUCGAAUGGCAAAGCGUUAGCUAAACGAUUUGCAACGGAUGUUCGAUGUCCGACAGAACCGCCCUCAACGAUGCUUCAUUGUCUGAGGCAAAUUCCGCUUCAAUAUUUUCUCGAGUCUGAGCUCUGGAGCUACUUCGGUCCAAGUGAUGACGGUGUUAUAAUUGAGGAAGGGAUUCGAGAAAACGUCCUUCGCGACAGGUUGUCUCAUUAUCCCGUCUUAUUCGGUGUGACCAAGGCAGAAAUGCUGCCCGUGCUAAGUGACCAUGAUGCCGUCUACGGCUUGGAGAACGAGAAGAGGAGAGAUAUUCUGAGAACGUUUGUAGAGAAGUAUUACAGUAUUCACCGCAACGAAAUAAUGGCGGCGUGUCUCCACGAGUACACGGACUGGGAGCGACCCAUUCAACAUCCGAUUAGCGUCAGGGAUGAAACGUUGGACGCCUUGGCGGACGCGCAAAUUGUCGCUCCCCUGGUCAAACUGGGAGAUUUACACUCACAGUCGAAUUCCAAGUCGUACUUUUACGUGUUUGAGUACCAGUCCAAAAUCUCGGAUUACCAACAGCGGCUCGGAUGUGUACAAGGGGAGGAUCUCCUGUACAUUUUUGGAGUGCCUUUGUAUUUUUCCGGAAAUGAGUUUGGGCAGCAUGGGAAAGGAGGAAGUGGUGGUGGGGCUGAGUCUGAAGAUGAAUUUCCAAAAUUGGGGUUUUUUACUGGAAACUAUUCUCGCAAUGAAGUGCAGCUGUCGCAAACUGUUAUCGGCUACUGGGCCAAUUUCAUUCGCUCUGGAAACCCGAAUGACGACAAACUUGAGGGUGAAAGUCUUCUCCCGAACGGUGGAAGUGGCAGCGGUCGUACCGGAAAUAGUAACGAGAAGUCUUCAAAGUCCCGAAUCGUGGAAUGGCCGCAGUACGAUCCGUUGUACAAAAAGUAUUUAACAAUCGACAUGAAGCCAAGAGUGAGGACGCACUACAGAGCGCACAAAUUAUCCUUUUGGUUACACCUCGUGCCAGACCUGCAAAAAAAUGGGUACGGCGCCCCCAGCGGUCAUCACACCGUGAAUGCGAAUCCCUUCCCACCAUCGUCAUCGUCAAGUGCGAAUAUCCCGUCUCAUCCGAACUCGGGUCUUGUAAUUUUGCCCCCUGAAGACUCCACUCAUAAUUCAUCUACUCCGUCGCCCCCGACAAUCCAAUUGGUCGGGCCGGGUCCACCCAUGUGGGAACAUAAUCCGAAUCAACAGCAUGGAAACUUUUACCCAGGUCCGGAGGUGGACGUUGACGGCUUCCAAAUGUACUCCACCGCCCUCUCCGUCACCAUCGCGAUCGGAUGCUCCCUCCUCAUCUUAAACAUUUUAAUCUUCGCCGCCUUCUACUACCAACGAGACAAACGCCGCGCCGAAGAGAUGGACAAUUCCCCCUCACGUGACCCCAACAGUCAAAGCAUGUCCUCCAUGAGCCACCACUCCCCCCACCACCACACCCACGGCGGGGUCACCUACACCAAAGCGGACGUGACCAGUAUGGGUGGCGGGAGGAGGAAGGAGAAUGGACAAGCCAUCCAAAUGGCGUCGCAUCCCGGCAGCGGCGGACAAACCGUGCAAAUGCCAAUGCCCAACAUUUGCGGGGAACUCCCCCCCUUCGACAACUCCUCGAGUGACGGAGGGUACGGUCAGUGUCACAGUGGUCACCACCAAGCCCAGUAUCACAAUCCCCAGGGAGGAGGAGGAGGUGGCGGAGGAACAAUGAAACGGAAACAGCAACAGAACGCUACUCAAACCUCGUACGAAAUGCCGAUGCCCGACGCGGUCUUGGCGGCGUCCAUGAUGUCCGUGAAAUUCGAUGACUCGCCCGAGUGCAGUGUAAAAAGUGGGACUUGUGGAGGAACUCUGCGGAGAUCGAGUUUGACGAUGAAGGAUCAGUUACCCAACCAGGGUCAUUUUAGUGUCGCCUCAGGCUCCGGAGGCGGAAAUGGGAGUUAUGAAAGUGGAUCUAGAACUGUACCCAGGCCGCCCAAGAGAACCACGCCGACCGUCAAGUUUGGACCGGAAACUAAUUUGGAGAGUCCGACAGGUUCUGGAUCCGGCUCUACGAGCGUCGGAGUUGGGCCAGCACCUCCUCCAGGCUUUGCCUCACAGACGUUAAAACCUUCAUUAAAGAAAACUCUUAAUUACUCUCCGAAUGCUGAUGAGCUCAGGGUAUAGUUUUUGCGACGAGUUUAUAAGUAAUCUUCUCGCUUGGUGGAUAACUUCUUCUUUCCCCACCUGACUUGAGAGAAAGUUGAGCUAAACUGCGGCACCCAUCCUCCGCACCGCCCACCAAAAGUGGAUCCCAUAACAGACCAAAACUCUCUUAAUUGUUCUUAUACCUAAGUCUGAAACCUAAACCAAUCCAUCUUCCAAAUGUCCGCGAAGAAGAAGAAAAGAAGAGUUGGGAAUUUGAAUAGGCAACUUAUUGGAAAGAGAUCUUAUUAAUUUUACGGAUCUUUAUACAUACAUACCCAAAUUAUUUUAUUACACACGAAUUUUCCUCACUUUUUGUAUUAUUCGUUCAAAAGUUGAAAACUUUGGAGUCGUCACUGUUUGUUCAGUCAGUCACCCCUCCUCUCCCCUUACACACACAUAGACCAAAGUGUAGUAGUUCGUUAGUUUUACAAGAAGAAAGAAGACUAUGUACGUGUGUGUGGAAACUUUUUCUCGAAAUUAAGCUACCUCGACACUUUAGUUAUUAAUGAACUCUUUCAUUUCGAAACUUUACCAGAUUAACUAAUCCAUCCCACCCUUCUUCCUACCUCCGCUCUGCUAAGCUAAGUUUCUCCUUUUAAAACUUGUUUCAAAUCCGAGAGACUUUUUUUCUCUUCCUUCUAAAUUAUGCAAAACCCGAAAUAUUCAUCAGUCAUGGUGUAUGCGAUAUAAAUAUAAAUACGUAAAGAAAAAAAAGAAGUUGCUCAGAUAGAAGAUCAAGCAGACGAAAAAAAUAUCCACUUAAUUGUAAUCCGUCAUUCCAAUCCAAAUAACCAACUAAGGAGCAGACUCGUCCUCUUACUUAAAUACUUUCUCUCUUCUGCAUAUACGUGUAUAAUAAUAAUAAAGCAAGUUUAACAAGUGCCAAGUGAUACCGAUGUGAUCUUAUCUUACAAGGUGUGCCUUAUCUCUCACAAAGUUCUUAGUUCAUACAUAGUCUCACUCUCCUCCUCCUCCUCCACUGCGUCAGAAGAAAGUCGGUACUUACUCGUUAGGGAAUCAAGAAGUACUUCGAUAUAGUGGGGCAGAAGAAGAAGAAGAAGUGGGAGAAAGUCAGUCGGCUUGAUACGUACGUACACUCAUCUCAUCUCAUCCACCUUUCAUCCCAUCCAAACCAAACCAAACUAAAUGUUAUGGAGUAGAUUGUGUAGCUUGUUGGUAAUAUAUACGUAUGGUACGUACGUGGAUAGUUGGUUAGUCAACUUGUUCACUUUAUUACGUCCUUGUCGACUUGAUCAAAAUCUAAUUCUGCUUCUUAUGUACUUAAUAGCUUCUCCUCCGUUCUUUGUCGACUACUUAAGUGAGUGUGCCCCAGUUACGUAAUAAUUCUUUAAGAGGAUGUUGCGCAUUAAGUUGGUUGAGUGUUUUGAUAAGGAGGCAGACUUUGUUGGGUUGUUUGUUUCAUUUUUGUGCAAAAUUUGACAAUCAGUAAAAAUGCAAGUUUUUCUUGCCAUGUUUUUAACUACCUGGUGACCUAAAUGUGUAUGUAAAUUUUGAUUUAAAUGGGUUUUUUUUAUUACUAGUCCGAGCAAUACAACCAGUCGUACACACACAGUUUUUUGUGAUAUUUAAUAUUGAUCCAAGAGAAGAGAAAAAAAUCUGUACCAAUCCCAAAUAAAUGUUAAGUUGGUAAAUAAAUAACUAAAUUAUUGUAA